CUUCGCCACGCCUGUCUAUCAUUUCCAGGCAGGCAGCGAGUUCGGUUGAGUUGUUUGUAAGUUGAUGUGUGUCCAAAAAGAAACUCCUGCGUGUUAAAAAAUGAGCGAGCGAAAUGAAAUGGCUGCGAUGGGAGAAGGCGACGGAGACUUCCGUAAAAAGCGAAACACCAAAACAGACCAGGAUGCCCAGCCGCCAUCACCUUUAGCCCUGUUGGCGGCGACUUGCAGUCGGAUAGACGAGAACGACGCAGCUGAACAGCAGCUUCAGGUCCAUCGGAAUGAUUUAACCCACACCCAGGUAUCUCACGCCACCAACGGCUGGCAGAUAGUUUCUCAAGGUGUACAGACGACCACUGCCUCCGGGAAUAACGUCUCUCAGAAGAUCGUUCAGGAUAAAAACCAAACUAUCGUGACCUCCGGUGUCCAGCAGCAACAGCAGCAGCAGUAUAUAGUGGCAUCAGCACCCAGCAUACAAGGCCAGCAGCUGCUGACCACCAUCUCUGGUGUGAUGCCCAACAUCCAGUAUCAGGUCAUUCCACAGUUCCAGACAGUGGACGGGCAACAGCUGCAGUUUGCCCAGACUACCCAGGAUGCUUCUGCUGCAGGAACAGGGCAGCUUCAGCUCGUGUCUUCGCCCAAUGGUGGGCAGCAGCUCAUCGCAACGUCGGCCGGCCAGAAUACUGGAGCUGGCAACAUCCUGACUGUGCCAGGUCUUCUUCAGCAGGCCAUUCCUCUUCAGAACCUGGCACUGGGCAACACUGUUCUGCCCAGUCAGACACAGUUUUUGGCUAACGUGCCCAUGUCGCUCAACGGUGGCAUAACGUUACUUCCUGUCAGUGCUGGCCAGGCUGCUGGUGCUAAAGCUGAUGAUGGAACUUCAGGUGUUGGUCAGCAGGUUGUCCAACAGGCAAUCGUCUCAACAGCCACUGAAUAUCACACCAGCGCAACCACGUCCACUACACAAGCCGUGAUGUCAUGCAGCGGCGGGGUUUCUCGUGCUAACACUCUGACGGGCAACACCUUCCAGACCACAGUUGGCACAAUUCCCAUCCAGGCCAUACAGUCAGACAACAGAGAUGGAAAACAACAACAACAGCAGCAGCAACAACAACAACAACAACAAACCCAACAGCAGAUCCUCAUUCAGCCCCAGCAGCUCUUCCAAGGAACAUCCACUCUCCAAGCCAUCCAGCCUGCCAGCGGGCAGGUCUUUGCCACACAGACGCUGUCUCAAGAUGGGCUCCAGAAUCUGCAGAUGAUCCCAAACAACAGCUCCAUCCUGCUGCGCACCGUCGGGCCGAACGGGCAGGUCAGCUGGCAGACGGUCCAGCUGCAGAGUCCUGCCGGAGCUCAGAUCACACUGGCGCCGGUGCAUUCGCUCCCACAGCUGACACAGACUGGAACCACCGCCACCACGAUGCAGCUGCCUGGCCUGCAGACCAUCAACCUGGCCAGUGCUGGGCUGCAGAUGCACCAAAUACAAGGGGUUCCCAUCGCUGUGGCCAACAAUGCAGGUGAUCAAGGGGGAGCUGGCGGGGAGAGUCUGGACGACUGUACAGUUUUGGAUCAGAGUUUGGACACAAGCCCAACGCAGCCCAGCCGCCGCACCCGCAGGGAGGCCUGCACCUGCCCCUACUGCAAAGACGGAGAGGGCCGCGGUGACCCCAGCAAGAAAAAGCAGCACAUCUGCCACAUCUCCGGCUGUGGGAAAGUGUACGGGAAGACUUCUCAUCUGCGGGCACACUUACGCUGGCACACGGGCGAGAGGCCUUUCGUCUGCACCUGGUCGUUCUGUGGGAAGCGCUUCACUCGCUCGGAUGAGCUGCAGAGACACAAGAGAACACACACAGGUGAAAAGAAGUUCUCAUGCCCAGAGUGUCCCAAACGCUUCAUGCGCAGCGAUCAUCUCUCCAAGCAUGUGAAGACGCACACAAGUAAGAAGAGCUCUGGUGUUGUGGUGGCUUCCGCUGACGGUGCCGUUGUGGCAGCAGAUGGUUCUGUGAGAGCGGAUCAGGCACUCAUCACGAUGGAGACGCUGUCUCCUGAGGGCAUCGCACGCUUAGCCAGCAGCGGCAUUAAUGUUAUGCAGGUCGGAGAUCUGCAGCCUAUCAACCUGAACACCAACGGCUUUUAAAGCGGCGGAGACGACCCGCCGACCUGAUGACCUGACGACCCUACGGCUCAAAGACCUGACGACUCUUCAGCUGGAGCAGGACCUGAAUUGGUCUGGGGUUUGAGGUCCGGAGUUCGGCGUGGACUAUUCUUAUACAUAUAUAAAUACAUUAUGAGUGUAGAAGAAUGGGGUGCGGUUCUCCCGUGGUUACGUGCACUCAUAGUGCUUUUACUUUACGUUAUUUUUUAAAAUAUUGUUUCCUAGUAGCCUGACGCAGGGCCGCACCGCUCUGCCGUUCUGUCGGGCGCGAGGUUGAGGCGAGGACGGGACGAGGUUGAGGUGAUGUAGAGAGAAGGAGGUAGGGUCCAGAUCCAGACUCCCAGUUCCCCCUGCCCUGUAUUGCUGUAGAUUCGGGAGCACUGUGUACAAGAAAUAUGAUCAUCUUUUGUCAAAAUGUAAAUGUUUUUUUUUUUUUUCUUCCUUAUGUAUUCAUUUUUUCCUUUCUUCGUAAAUUCUACACAUGCAAGCCAUCAUGCUUUGAUACACCUGUCAUAGCCAUUAAUUUAAAUGACAGCCUAGCUUUGUUUUUGUACAUAAAUUAUAUUUUUCUAAACAUGAAAACUAUGCGAAUUGAGAUUUUUGCCUUUGUUUAUGUCUGUCAUCUUAAAAUAUUUUAUAUUAAAAAAGUUCCUUAACUCGCGCAAAGAGAACAUCGUUUUUAAGACCUGUCCACGCCCUCGACCGCACAGACUACAGUCUUAAUCUUAAUCUUUAUCUUUGAUUAAGAAAUGAGCGGUCACUCCUGUUCACACUGUUGUUCCAGUAUCUUGUUAGAAAUAUUGAUUUAUUGGUUGGUUGAACUAUUAUUAUAAUUAUAUAAUUUUUAUUCAUGAUUAAUAGGUUUAUAGCAUUUUUUUUUUUAUUUACUUUAAACCAAAGUUCGGAGUCUUCAUUUUGGUCGACUGAACGAUUCUGUACUGCAGUAGUUGUAGUAGUAGUGGUAAUAAAUUAAAUUUUCUGAUCUUGAAAUAUCAAACCAUAAAAGUUAUAUAUUGUGAAACCUUGUUAUAUAUUUUUUCCAUUUAGUAUAUUUUUCUUUCCCCACCUGGAAUUUAGAUUGUAAGGGGCAGGAAAAAAAACUAGAAAAUUGGUAAAACAAAUUAAAGUUUUUUUUUUUUUUUUUUUUUUUUUUUUUUUUUUUUU